AUGGCGACCUCGGCUUGGCUUCUGGGACGGCGCGCGGCGAGUUGGAGGCUGCGGGCGCCGCGGGCGCGGCUCUCCAGCCUCGUGUCCCAGCGGGCCCACUCCCUCUUGCCCGUGGACGAUGCGAUCAACGGGCUAAGCGAGGAGCAGAAGCAGCUUCGUCAGACCAUGGCUAAGUUUCUUCAGGAGCACCUAGCCCCCCAGGCCCAGGAGAUUGAUCAUAUCAAUGAGUUCAAGAACCUUCGAGAGUUUUGGAAGCAGCUAGGAAACCUGGGGGUCUUAGGUAUCACCGCCCCUGUUCAGUACGGCGGCUCUGGCCUGGGCUACUUGGAACAGGUGCUGGUGAUGGAAGAGAUAUCCCGAGCUUCUGGAGCAGUGGGGCUCAGUUACGGUGCUCACUCCAACCUCUGCGUCAACCAAAUUGUGCGCAAUGGAAAUGAGGCCCAGAAGGAAAAGUACCUCCCCAAGCUGAUCAGUGGUGAGUACAUCGGAGCCCUGGCCAUGAGUGAGCCCAAUGCUGGCUCUGAUGUUGUCUCCAUGAAGCUAAAAGCAGAAAAGAAAGGUGAUCACUACAUCCUGAAUGGGAACAAGUUCUGGAUCACCAACGGCCCUGAUGCUGACAUCCUUAUUAUCUACGCCAAGACAGAUCUGGCUGCAGUGCCAGCCUCUCGGGGCAUCACAGCCUUUAUUGUGGAAAAGGGGAUGCCUGGCUUCGGCACCUCCAAGAAGCUGGACAAGCUGGGGAUGAGGGGCUCUAACACCUGUGAGCUAAUCUUUGAAGACUGCAAGGUUCCUGCUGCCAACAUCCUGGGCCAUCUAAGUAAGGGCGUCUACGUGCUGAUGAGUGGGCUGGACCUGGAGCGGCUGGUGCUGGCUGGUGGGCCCCUUGGGCUCAUGCAGGCCGUCCUCGACCACACCAUUCCCUACCUACACACAAGGGAAGCCUUUGGCCAGAAGAUUGGCCACUUCCAGCUGAUGCAGGGGAAAAUGGCCGACAUGUACACCCGUCUCAUGGCCUGUCGGCAGUAUGUCUACAAUGUCGCCAAGGCCUGUGAUCAGGGCCACUGCACUGCCAAGGACUGCGCGGGGGUGAUCCUUUACGCAGCUGAGUGCGCCACACAGGUGGCCCUGGACGGCAUUCAGUGCUUCGGUGCCAAUGGCUAUAUCAACGACUUUCCCAUGGGCCGCUUUCUGCGAGAUGCCAAGCUGUAUGAGAUUGGGGCUGGGACCAGUGAGAUGAGGCGGCUGAUCAUCGGCAGAGCCUUCAACGCAGACUUCCACUAACCCCAAGACCCUUCACCCCCUUUCUCAGCACCUAGAGGCCUUUCUUUGGACAUAGAGAUAACGGCAGCUCCCUUGCUGCUCAGCUGCACUUGCAUCAGCCCUUGGCCUCUGCCGUGAGGUGUCUACCACGGCUGACAAGUGCUGUGGGUCUCAGAGCCCAGCCAGCCUGCCCGCCUACCCCCCGGAUGCCGCAAGUUAUAGGCAGGCAUGGGGGAAAGGGAGCGCCAUUUCUAGUCACACCUUCUGGUCUGAAGAUGCUGCCCGACGUUAAUGAGAGUUGAGGUGGGUGGAGGGCCUCCCUGGCAAGUGUUCUGUGGCUUAAAAUGGACCCAGCAGGAAGCAUACUGACUUUUCUGGGGCUUGCUGGGAAGGCUUCGCUGACUCUCUAACGUCCGAGCCCUCCACUUCCCUGGGUGAGCACUUGGGGGCAGGCUGGCAGCCACCCCUUUUUUGGAGGGGAGGGGGCUGUGCCUCUGGCAGGGAGCCCAGUGCACCAGAAGCAUUGCCCCCUCUACAUGUAUUUGAACCUGCAGCCUCUUCUUUCGAGGGGGAAAAAAACCCCCAAACCUA